AUUCACCCCAAAUUCGCCCCAAAUUUCAUUUAAUUUCCUUUUCGGUUUUUAAUUUUUACAGACGUUUACACAUACAAAGUAUCUUUUUCUCUCGACUCUAUCGAUCAAACUUAACUUAUUACAAGUUACAACAAACACAGACACACACACAUGUUUAUCUCUGUGCGCAUGAUCUUGAAGUGAACACAAGUUGGGUGUUACUAGGUUGCUGUCUCAAGUCAUUCUAUCUCCUCAUCAGAUCUGUAAACAAGCUUGCUUUGCUCACUGUUGUGCUGCACUUUCUUGUUCAAAUCGAGGCUGAAUAAAGCAUGUGUAGUGUGUCAACGUUGACAUUAACUUCAUCUACAUAAUCUACCCGAAGAAAGUAAAUCUAACAAGCAAGAUAUGGGUCCAUUGUUUGUUGAUACUGAAGAUAAUUUUUCAAGUUUACUGGAAUUCGCUGCUAACAAUGACUGUGAAGCUUUCAAGGCAUUAAUUAAGGAAAACUCUUUGGCAGUUGAUGAAAUUGGACUUUGGUAUGUUCGGAAGAAGGGUUCAAAGCAGAUAGUUCUUGAGCACCGAACUCCUUUAAUGGUUGCUGCUACAUACGGUAGUCUUGAUGUUGUUAAGUUUAUCAUCUCUCAGCCUGCUGUUGAUGUAAAUAUUGCUUGUGGCCUGGACAAGUGUACUGCUCUCCAUUGUGCUGCUUCUGGAGGUGCUGUUAAUGCGGUUGACAUUGUUAAGCUGCUUCUGGCUGUGGGUGCUGAUCCAAAUAUUAAGGAUGCAAAUGAUCAGCGUGCUGUUGAUGUGAUUGUGGUCCCUCCAAAACUCCUUGAUGUUAAAGCGUCUCUUGAGGAGUUGUUGCUGAGUAAUGUUUUCGAUGGCUCAAUGGGCGACUGCAAGCUACGAGUAUCCCUUUCGCCUCCCAGUUACUCGCCAAGCCUGUCUUCCUCACCAGAUAAUGGUUCCCCUUAUUCUCCUUCAGAUUUAGUAUCCUCUCCAAUGCUGUCGAAGUCUACUGAUGUUCCUGGUGGUGCUAUUUCUGAGAAGAAAGAAUAUCCGAUUGACCCCUCUCUUCCAGACAUAAAGAAUAGCAUAUAUUCUACAGAUGAAUUCCGCAUGUUCUCUUUCAAGGUCAGGCCUUGUUCUAGAGCUUACUCUCAUGAUUGGACUGAGUGUCCUUUUGUUCAUCCAGGGGAGAAUGCUCGUAGAAGGGAUCCAAGGAAGUUUCAUUAUAGUUGUGUACCGUGCCCUGAUUUUCGUAAAGGUGCUUGUAGGCGUGGUGAUAUGUGUGAAUAUGCCCAUGGAGUGUUUGAAUGCUGGCUACACCCGGCUCAAUACAGAACACGGCUCUGUAAGGAUGGGACUAGUUGUGAUAGGAGGGUUUGUUUUUUCGCCCACACUCCGGAUGAGCUUCGUCCCUUGUAUGUAUCUACUGGGUCGGCUGUACCAUCUCCUCGUUCCAGCGCAUCAGCUGCAAGUGUCAUGGACAUGGCUGUUGCCAUGAACCUUUUGCCUGGUUCUCCAUCUGCCUCCAUGAUGUCUCCUUCUGGAUUUAAUCAACCCAUGUCUCCAUCAGGUAAUGGUGCUCACUCAUCUUUGGCUUGGCCCCAGCCAAAUGUUCCCACCCUUCAUCUCCCGGGAAGCAACAUGCAAUCAAGUCGCUUGAGAUCAUCCCUUAGUGCCCGAGAUGUUCCUCCCGAGCAUUUACAUUUAUUGCAGGAUAUGGAUGCCCACCAACUUUUGUUGAAUGACUUGGCCUGCCUCUCGCAGUCCCGCCCCAGCCCUGUGUCUCUGAACCGUUCUGGUCGGCCCAAAACAUUGACUCCUUCAAAUCUUGAGGAUUUAUUUUCAGCUGAACUCGCUUCUUCGCCUCGUUAUUCUGAUCAGGCUGCUUCAGCUGGUGGUUUCUCUCCAUCUCAUAGAUCAGCUGUUUUCAAUCAGUUCCAGCAGCAGCAAAACAUGCUUUCACCUAUCAAUACUAAUGUUUUCUCUCCAAAAAGUGCUGAUCAUCCUUUGUUGCAGGCUUCAUAUGGUGUCUCUUCUCCAGGAAGAAUGUCACCGAGGAGUGUGGAUCCAAUUUCUCCUAUGGGUUCUCGGCACACUGCUUUCUCUCAACGAGAGUUCCAGCAGCCGCAGCAGAUGCGUAGUCUGAGCUCCCGUGAUCUCGGCUCUAAUAAUGUUUCCAUUGUCGGGUCUCCGGUGAAUUCUUGGUCCAAAUGGAGCUCUCCGAGUGGAAAAGUCGAUUGGUCAGUUAAUGGGGAUGAACAUUCCUGGUUGCCAAGGUCCUCUUCAAAUGACCUCAAUAAUAACACAGAGGAGCCUGACAUUUCAUGGGUUCAGUCACUUGUGAAAGAAUCACCACUCGAGAUGAAAGAUAAUCUGCCAGCUCCAUUUGUUAGUGCUGGUCCAUCCGGUGAGGGUUUCAAAUCUAAUUCCCAAGUGGAGUCCGUUGAUCAUUCAGUUCUUGGUGCCUGGAUUGAGCAGAUGCAACUUGAUCAGCUCCCUGUCUAGUAAAUGACCAAAUUUUAUUUCAAUUAGAAAUAAACAAUGUAGGAAAUUAUAUGUUCUUUUGGCUGGCAAGGAUUGAUAUGAUGCGAUAAAGGUAAUUGAUGGUGACGGUAGGGAUCAGUAAAAAGAAGGGGACGAAGUCUGAGAACCAUAUGCAAGGAUAUUCGUUUUUUUUAAUAUUAUUAUUUGUUUCUGCAAAGGAGGCACAGUGCGGCAGAGUGAACUGUUUUUUGGGCUGUACCAGAACGGUUCAUGCUAGGUAAUCUCUUCUGAUGUCUUCUUAACUCUAGGAUUUUUUCUGAGAAAGAAUAUUACAGAAUGAUAUUUUCUCUAAAAACUUUACCCCAUUGAAGUUGAAAAAGCAUAUUUUGUCUUAA